ACUCACAUGGUUCUUUAAAGGUUUCUGAUAAACAAAAUACUUCAUUUAUUUUAUUCUAGUGUUUAGUAGAAGAGCUGAUGGGAAGUACUACUGCUACUAAUACUACUAAUACUAAUGCUGAUACUAAUACUACUAGUACUGCUACUGAUAACACUACUACUAUUACUGUUACUACUACUGCUACUACCACUAUUACUAUACUGCUACUGCUACUAAUACUACUACUGCUACUACUACUACUACUAUUACUAGUACUAUUGCUACUAGUGAUACCACUAAUACUACCACCACUACUGCUACUAGUACUACUACAUCUGAAGAAAAUAAAACAUGUCCAACCAGCUGAGACUGUCAGAACUUUUUCCAGAACCUUUUCCGUAACUUUUUCCAGAACCUUUUCUGGAUCUCUACUGAGCAUGUGCGGCUGAGUUAAACCUUAGCACUGUUUACUAAAGCGUCCUGAUGACAGCAUAGCUCCAUCCGACGCCUCCAUCAGUGUUCGUGAACAUUACCUCGUCUGGCCUUUCCAGCAGAUUUACUCUCCUUCCGCUGGGAGCAGAACAACCCUCUGAUGUUAUUAUGUUCUCAAAAUCUGCCUCCUCCCACCCAGCUGCAAAACAAACCUCACAAACAUCGCAUUCACCUCAUCAUGGAGGCCACUAGAUGAUGACCGGAUUACAGUCGACACCAGAACCAUCAGACAACUAAAGACAGACUAAAAACACCGUGUAACUGAUGAACAUGGUUCUAAAUGAGCUGAGAACAGCAGAACCUUCAGGGUUCUGGACCUAUGGACUGGGUCUAUGUAUGUCUGCAUCAUGGCUCCACAUGGAAAAGAAAUGCAGACUCUGAACAACAAUGUUCAAAAAUACACAAAAUUAGUCCAGAAUUACCUAAAAUUUGUCCAAAAUGACUCAAAACACUUCCAGAGUGACUGAAAAUGAGUCAUAAACAAAUAAUAAUGGUCCGGAAUGAUUUGAAAUUUUCCCCAAGUGACUCAAAAUAUUUCUAUAUUGAUUCGAUAUUUACCCAAAUUAUCAAACGAAUUGUCCAAAAUGAAUCACAAUUUCCCAACAGCUACUCAGAAUUUUUCCAAAAUGACUUCACAAUGGAAAAGCUACAUGAGUGCAAAAGGAGACUCAGAUUUUGACCAAAACAAAAUAGAAAUUGUUCAAAAAGAUGUAAAAUGUUCUCCAAAUUAUGUCAGUUCUUUCUAAAUGACCAAUUAUUUGCCUAAGACGACUUGACAUCUGUCCAGAAUGAGGUAAAAGUUGCUGAAAAAUGCUCAAAAUGUGUCAAAUCAUUAUAAAAUUGUUCAAAAUUACUUAAAAUUUGUCCAAAAUAACUAAAAUGUUCCUAAAACGACUGCAAAUUAUUCUUAAUUUUCCAACUUGAAGGCAAAUGACUAGAAAUUUUGGAGAAAUUUCUUACAAUUUCUCAAAAAUCAACUGAAAUUUGUCUUUAGUGAGACAAAAUUGGACCCAAAUUAAGUGAAAUUUGUCAGAAAAUGAUUCAAAUUUGUCCAGAAUGACAGAAAAUGAGUUCAAAACAAGUUUAAAUCGUCCAAAAUGAAUGGAAACUUGUCUGACUUUGGACAGUGUGAGUGGUGACCUGAAUCCAUCAGAACAUCUUGGUGGUAGAUGUUCCUCAGCAGCAGGAAGAAGUCUCCAUCAGAACCGUCGUCCAUGAAUACCCUGUAGAACCGAAUGUGUGUGGAGCUGCCUCAUCACAGAUUGGGUUCUAGGGGAGUCCAUGGGCCAUGACCAACCUUCACAACAUCUUCAUGAGCUUAGAACAUGGAGAGACCACUGGACCUUCAUGAGCUUAGAACAUGGAGACACCAGCAGAUCUUCAAAGGUUAGAACAUGGAGACUCCACUGGACCAGACUGCUGGAAGCUUCAUGGUCUGAGUCUGGAUUAAAUCUCAGUUUGUUUUCACCUCCAUUCAUCUGAAGUCUGCAGAAAACUCAACGAAAAUUUAAUUAAAAUACUAAAGUUCUGUGUUCUGGAGCAAACAGUCCGAAUAAACUCCAGCCAGCAAAUCCUACAUCCUGUACUUGUAGUUUAAAGGUGUACUCCACCAAAUCCUGCUUCAGUCCAGGUAUUUAUAGUCUUUAAAGGUGGAUGCUCUUAUCAGUUUUAAAGGUUGUUUUUUUUAAACCCUAACAGACCUUUAAAACUCAAUAGUUGUGGUUUUCAUGGUUUAUUCCAGCAUAAAUACUGCUUUCUAUCCAUACAUUGUCUGUAUAGACACACAACACAACUCCACAUAUGAACAAAAUGGUGUGAGAUUUGUCCAGAAUGACCUAAAAUUUAUUAAAAAAUGUCUCAACAUGUCCAAAUGAUGUGAGAUUCCUGUUAAAUAAUAUUUUAUAACUACUUCUAACUAUUAAUUCUGGCUUCCGAACACUUAGAAGGGUUUAUUCCACCAUUGAAACCAUUUCUAGCACAAAAAUGAUGGUUUGAUUAUCUAUUCCAGCAUAAAUGCUGCUUCCUGUCGAUGUAUUCACAUUUAAUUUAAAGGUUUGUUCUUCCUAAAUAGAACUUUUCUAACUAAUUUAACAUCAUUUAUCUAAAAUAACUCCAAUUAUGUACAGAAUGAUGUGAGAUUUUUCCAGAACAGCUCCAAAAACAUCUCAAACAAGAUAAAAACUGCAUAUUAAAAAUAACAAACUAUGGGUUAAAGGGUUUAUUCCACCCAGAACACUAUUUUCAGCCCAAACACUUUUAGUUUUAAAGGUUUAUUCCACUCUUAUAGUCCUUAAUAACUCAAACUUCAUGGUUUUAUUCCACUCAAACAGAACUUUCACUCUUAUGUUGACAAAUUUGUCAAAUUUUCUCAAAAUCUGUCUGAAAUUUGUCAAAAAUGACAUAAACUUUGUGCCAAAUGACUCAGAACUUCUCCAAAAUUCGUCCAAAACAAGACAAAAAUUGUCAAAAAAUUACAUAAAAUUCAUCCGAAAUGACUUCAAAAUGACAGAAAUGUUAAAUUAAAUCCAGAAUGACGUCAGAUUUCACUCAUGUUUUUUUAAAGGUUUCUGCUAAACAAAAUACUCUUAAUUUAAUUUACAUGAAGUCCUGAAGUCAGAAAUGAAUUUAAAAAAAGUCAGUUUCUCUGAUUUACAUCAACUUGAUUUUAGGUUUAAAUCAAACUUUGAGUUCAAAUUAAAUGUUCAGUUGAUGGAACAUUUUUAAAAUAAAGUUUGCUAAAUCCAGCAGUAAAUGACUGAAUGAGAUAAAGUUUAGUUAAAGAGAUGACCUCUGACUGGUUUGUUGGUUCCAUUAGAAGAGUCUCAGCUCACAUUCAUUCAUUCUGAGAUCUGCUGACUCUGGACCAGAUUUAUGAUCCUUUAGAGCUCCUGACUGAUGAAGAAAACCUUUCAGUCUCUGCAGCUUUUUCAUUUUCUCUCUUUCAGCUUUUUAUCCAUUUUGCUUCAUUUUUUCUCUCCCUGUCGCGUUUUUCAUCAUUUGUUGCUGCUGCUGCUGAGGGGCCCCGGGCCUGACCCCGGGCCGAACAAAGCCGAACAAAGCCGAACACUAGUCACUGUCUGGAGCCUUUUAUCUCCUUUCUCUGCUCGCAGCGCCGCGUUUUGUUGUCCGCCCUUUGACCGCCACAAGGCCAAACCUGGGCCCGCCGGCCUCCGCUUGGGUCACAUUAAUUUUCCAGCCAUCUGUGGGGGAGGUGGGGGGUGAUCGAUAGGUUUUUUUCAUGGAUCGGUUCAGGUAUCGGAGGAGUUUCUUCUCCUCCAGGCUCCAACGUUCUCUCCAAAUGAGCCCAUUACGGCCUACAUAAACAACCCGGGGUAGCCUCCCAUUGGCUGGCCGCGGAGUCACGUGUCCCGCGCGGCCGUCCGUCUAUUUGACAGGCGCAGGAUGGCCGGAUGCCAGAGGGGCGACACCGACACGGACCGAGGGCCAGAAAGAAAAAUUAGUAUUCCGCAGCAGCCGCGCUAUAAAUCAAUCAUGGACUCGUUCGUGCUGAGCUGUAAAUACGCAGAGCCGCAGUUCCCGCCUUGUGAAGAAGAUUACAGUAAUUUCAGUGACCAGGGGGGGUAUUAUAACUGCCCCCAGGACGGCGGAGGCAGCUACGGAGGGGGGUACCAGAACCUGCAGCCGCCUCCGCCUCAGUACGACCCGCAGCAACCCGCAUAUCCUCCCUCUGCGCAGGACGCACCGCAGCGGCUCUACCCGGCCUGCAGGGAGGGCACGGGCCCCGGGAAGGACCGGCUGCCGGUGGGGGACCUGCAGCAGGGGCACCGGCUCCCGGUGGGGGACCUGCAGCAGGGGCACCGGCUCCCGGUGGGGGACCUGCAGCAAGGCCCGGCCUGGACGACCUGCGGCAAGCCGGCUCAGGUGCAGCGGAGGGCGGCGUGUCCGAGCAGAGAGCGGCCGCCAGUGGUGGUUUACCCCUGGAUGAAGAAGGUGCACGUAACGCACGUGAAUCCGAACCACGUGGGUCCGGAGCCGAAGCGCCUGCGCACGGCGUACACGCGCCAGCAGGUCCUGGAGCUGGAGAAGGAGUUCCACUUCAGCCGGUAUCUCACGCGCCGCCGCCGGGUCGAGGUGGCUCACGCGCUCUGCCUGUCGGAGCGGCAGGUGAAGGUGUGGUUCCAGAACCGGCGCAUGCGCUGGAAGAAGGACAACAAGCUGCCCAACACCAAGGGCCGCAGCAAGAGCAGGCGGGACAACAACAACAACAACAACAACAACAACAACAGCAGCAGCAGCGGCGGCGGCGGCGGAGACUCGGUAAAGGCGGGAAUCACGGUGUGACGUCUGGAGCAGCUUUAAAACUUCAUCUGUCUGAUGAUCGAACCAGUUUCACAUUUAAACCUGAACCAGGCUUCAGGAGAAAACAGGGUCUUUUUUGUUCUACAGGGUAAAUAUUCAAACAGGGUUUUAUCUGAAUUUAUGAAAAUGCACAGAAAUAAAAAUGACCAAAGCCUCGGAGUCCGGAGCAGAAACAUUUUGAUUCCUAAUGUGAGGAUUGAAACCGUAAAUCAGCUUCUGUUCUCAGCGCGGAAAAAGAAGGUUCCUCUGCAAUAAAGAGCUGAUUCCAGUCUAAUAUGCUAUUUUUAUUAUUAUUACUGUUAUUGUUAUGACAGCUUUACUGCAGUACUUAUUGUAAUAUUUAGAGAGAAACAUUUUAUUCUUUUAGCAGCUUCGAGCUUCUUUUCUGCGUUUGAGCUCAUUUUUGAAAAUAAAAACUUCGUGUAAAAAUUUUAUAUGUGCAAAUGUUUUGAUAAAAUAAAAAACUAUCAAAUUGAA